AUGGAUAGUAGACCUCUUCCCCCAGGGUGGAUAGCUCAGUGGGAUACAGCUACCGGUGCUUAUUAUUAUGUUGACACGAAUAAGAACCCUGUAUUUACAACCUGGGAAGAUCCAAGGCCCGCAUAUUAUGCUCACGAAACCUCGCCUGCCCAACGGCCUCCAGGCUCCCAACCACCAACCCAAUAUCCAUCGAAAAAUAAUAAACAUGACGAAGCAAAAGCUUCUUCAAAUACUCCAUUGAAUGAUGAUAAAAAGAAUAAAACAAAAGGUUCUGCUCCAUAUCCUCCGUCGAAUAUUGACAAAAAUAACGAAAUAAAAGGUCCUGCUCCAUAUCCUCCGUCGAAUAAUGAUAGAGACAAUGAAAAGCCGGGUUUUCCUCAGCCAAUGCCAACUCCUGCAUUAUCUUCCUCGCCAAACCCUCAAUCAUAUCCACCAGCAUAUCCACCAGCAUAUCCACCAGCAUAUCCAUCAGCAUAUCCGCCCGCAUAUCCGCCAGCAUACCCAUCAGCAUACCCAUCAGCAUAUCCACCAGCAUAUCCACCAGCAUAUCCAUCAGCAUAUCCACCACAACCACAAGGCUACACCGGAUAUCCCUCUGUUGAGAAUAAAAGUCAAGGGAACUAUAAUGGGGGACCGCCUCAAUCCCACGAUUAUAAUCCAGGCAGUCAGGCUGCUCAUGGUAGCCCCUCUGCUGAAGCCAGUGGUUCGUCGGAAGGGAAGAAAAAGGGGAUAUUUGGUAAAUUGGCUACAUUUGGUGCGCUGAGCGGAGGAUUGUCUCAUGGAAUUGGACGUGGUCAUCAUAAACCAGGAUUAGGAAAACUUGGCGGAGGGUUGGCGCUUGGUGGGCUAGGGGGAGUUGCUACUGGUCUAGCCCUUGGGCGUCUGGGCCAUAAAGGAUUUGGUUUUAAAGGGGUUGGAUUUAAAGGUGGCUGGGGCAGUGAUGAUGACUUUGGUGACUGGGAUUAG